AUGUCCGCUCCUCGCGCCCUCAACCUCGCGCUGCGGCGCAUUGCGUCGCCCGCCGGCCUCACGAAGUUCUCUCCCGCGGGGCGCCUCAUGCAGCAAAGAUUCGCCGCCACCACAACCAUCUCUGAGAAAGAAGCCGUCAACUCGAUCCUCGCAAAGCAGCGCCUCAACCGCCCCGUCUCGCCCCACCUGACUAUCUACAAACCGCAAAUGACAUGGCUCAUGUCCGGCCUCACCCGUAUCACCGGCUUGAUCGUCGCUACCAGCUUCUACGUCUACGGCCUCAGCUAUCUCGCCGCACCGACCCUCGGAUGGCACCUCGAGACGCCCUCGUUGGUUGCGGCGGUAGCGGCGUGGCCGGUCGUUGUCAAGGUGACGGCGAAGCUGGCGAUCGCGGUGCCGUUCUUCUACCACAGCUUCAAUGGCGUAAGGCACUUGGUGUGGGAUUUCGGGAAGGGGAUGACGAACCAGGCGGUUGUGAGGGGUGGGUGGGUCGUUAUUGCGUUGACUGCGGCUAGCUCGUUGUGGGCUACGUUUUUGGCGUAG